AUGUUAAACUUGAGUCUUCAAGGAAGAAACCAGACGGUUUCAGAUUUGAUCGGAAUGAUAAACGGAUUCCGGAAUAAGCUGAACGUGUUUAAACGUGCUUUGGAAAAGAACAACCUGACACACUUCCCUAGCUGCCUGCAAAUAGCAGAAGAAUUCAACGGCGAGGAAAAUAUUGAGUUUUCAUCCUGCAUUUCACAAAUUGAACAAGUUAUUGAUGAAUUCAAUACAAGAUUUGAAGAAAUUGAAAGUUUCAAAAGCAGUGUACUACUUUAUAAUAACCCUCUUGGAGCAGCCAUUGAUGAUCAACCACCCAACUUACAGCUUGAGUUAUGUGAUCUUCAAGCAGACAUGUUCCUAAUCACCAGACAAGAAAAGGGACCUGAAUUUUUCAAAUUACUGUCAAAGGAGAAAUUCCCAAACCUGCGAGAUUUUGGACUGAAAAUGACGUCAAUGUUCGGAAGCACAUAUACAUGUGAAAAUGCCUUUUCCUCCAUGAAAUAG